AUGCCGACUUUUACUGCUAUAGCAUUUGAUAGGUUAAUAGAGCCUGGAGCUUCUAGGGCUGCUCAAAGAUCUGCUUCCACCUCCGUGCCGGUUCCUACUACGAAGAAGCUCGAGGGGAAGAGCAGUGAACAAACUGAUCGAAAGAAGGUGCCUCCUCGUCCUCAAUUAAAGCCGUCGCUGUAUACUACUCCUGAGGUGACGCAGCUUCCGGAUUCGCCGAUUCAUAAUUCGCCCUCUUCGUUUCCGCCUUCUCCUUAUAUUAUCAAUCAUAAGCGUCGUGGGCCGAGGUUGCUCAAGAGUUUCUCGGAGGCCAAUGUACAGGCAAAGCAGGAGGUGAAUGACGAAGGGAAUGGUAAUGGUAAGAGCUCUGAGACUGUGGUUUCUAGUUCAGCUGGUGACCUCCAAGUUACUUUCAUGAACCCUGAAAAUGUUAAGGAGGAGCAAGAUAAUGGUGUACAGGAGACCAAAGUUAGUAGCAGCAAUGGUGGCGAUGUCGGGCAUGCGCAGAAAGAAAAUGAAAUUAGUAAUGAUCCUAAUGGAAUGCAUGUUGAAAAGGUAGCGGCGUUGAAAUUGGAAAUAGAUGGUGAGAGUGAAGACUUUUUUGAUCUAAAUGAUUCUAUGAGCUUCACAAGUUACACGGAUGGAGAGGAUAAUACCGGCGCAGCACACUCUGCAAAGUAUAGCACUGCUGGGGAGUUUUUUGACGCUUGGGAAGAACUCUCUUCUGACGGUGGGACUCAAUGUUCUCUACGCGAUGUUGAUGCUGAAUUGCGUGAAAUAAGGUUGAGUCUAUUGAUGGAGAUAGAGAAGCGAAAGGAAGUUGAAGAAUCCCUUAAAAGCAUGCAAAGCCAGUGGGAGAGAAUCAGACAAGGGCUCUCUCUUGUUGGAAUUGUUUUACCUGCAGAUCUUACUGCUUUUGCAAAAGGUGGGCAACUGAAUUCUGAUCCCGUGGAUGAUAUAUGUCAGCAGGUUUACAUUGCUAGGUUCAUAGCAAACACCAUUGGGAAAGGAACUGCCAGGGCUGAGAUGGAGGCAGAGAUGGAAGCCCAAUUAGACUCCAAGAACUUUGAGAUUUCUCGAUUAUUGGAACGCCUUCAUUAUUAUGAGACCAUGAAUAGGGAGAUGUCUCAGAGAAACCAAGAGGCAGUAGAGAUGGCACGGCGUGAGAGACAGAGAAAGACUAGAAGGCAAAGAUGGAUUUGGGGCUCUAUUGCUACUGCCAUUGUACUUGGUACUACAGCAAUAGCAUGGUCUUACCUCCCAUCAAGUAAAGGAUCAACAUCUGCAGAUCAUGAUCAGGUUUCCGAACACGAUGAUGGAGCCAAGUAA